UCAUUUUUCUUUCUUCUGGUUCACCCCAUAAUCUAUUAACCCUAUCGUUCCACGAGGGGUUUUAUCGCUUAUAUGGAGAGCAAAACAUAGUUCCAUAUGAGAAUGAUAAAUCUGUUAGUAUUUCUAUGGAUGAAAGGACCAGUUCGGGAUUCUCUUCUCAGAAACCCUACAUGUAUGGUUCCUUCAGUGCUUCCAUCAAACUACCAGAAGACUAUACAGCAGGAGUUGUUGUAGCGUUUUACGUUGCAAACAACCAAAAUCACCCUUACAACCACGAUGAAAUCGACAUUGAGUUUUUGGGACACAUCGAUGGUGAAAAUUGGUUGUACAGUAUUCUAUGGAAUGAGAAACAGAUCAUAUAUUAUGUCGAUGAUGUUCCCAUUAGAGAGGUUCGAAGGACAGAAGCAAUGGAGGGUGACUGGCCAUCCAAGCCAAUGACCUUGUAUGGAACUAUAUGGAACGGGUCUGAUUGGGCUACCCAUGGAGGCAAAUACAAAAUAGAUCUCAAAUACAGCCCUUUUGUUGCCAAAUACUCCGAUUUUGUGCUCAAUGGAUGCCCCGUCAACCCAAUCCAAAUACAACCCCCGAAGUGUGAAGCUCCAAUUCGUGCUGGUGUCACUCCCGAUCAAAGAAGGAAAAUGAAGAAUUUCAGGAGGAAGCAUAUGACAUAUUCAUAUUGCUAUGAUAAGAAUCGUUAA